CGGGCCUCCUAAUAUUCCUCUAUCUUGCUAGUCCGCACCUGCUGCUGCAGCAGUGCUUCCACUGCGCUUGCCUCCGCCCCCCUGUCUGCCCUUGGCCCGGCCCUACAGAGCGGCUCUGUAGCCAGGCCGGGCGCCGCGGUCCUGUUUUCCACUGAUCUUUGCAGUACAAGGCAAGGAAAUUCUUGUAAAUAAGAUGUUUCAGUCUAGAUUUGAGAAUCCCAAUCGAGAGACUGAUAUUUGUCUUAAGAAUAACUGGAUUCCUAAUGUACAAGCAUGGAAGUGGUCUUGCAUUAUCGACCAUAUCAGAGAGAUCAAAUAAAACUGCAGAAAUUUGCAGAAGCAGCAGUAGAAGAGUUUCCAGUUCGUCAGUUACCAAGAUUUACACCCUGGUUUCCAAAUGAUUUAAGCAGACUUCCCCUCAAACCAAAAAAGCACCCACCUGUUAUUUCUUGUGAGGAAGCAGAAGAACUGAAACAGCUUUUUACAACUUCAGACUAUGUUACAGGGUCUUCUGAUUAUGACUGCACAAAAAAUCUGCUUGAGUUUCAGUCUAAUGUGACAUACGGACAGUCUUCAGUCCAAGCACAGACUGUUCACAGAUCAAUUAAUGUGGAGAAUCAAGAAGAACCACCACCUAAUGGAAGAGAAAAACUGAAAAGAUCUUGGAGUGUCUCUCUGCCUUGCCCUAAACUUAAAGAAGAGAUUCUGCCUCUAUCUCAAGAACUGCAAAAUAAUUUGGAAAGACUUAAACUGCAUGCGUUUUAUAGAGCAAAGUGGACAAUUGAACAGUCUAUUUGUAAUAAUCAGAAUUUGGAGGACAUCUGGAUAAAAUUGAACAGGCUCAUAAAGCAGAAUGAAUUGCCAUCCUGCAAUGCUACUAUCCAAAGAUCUGUGGGACAGAUAUGGAUUUUCUGUGAUAUAUUAUACUGUGAAUAUGUUAGAAAUAUUCUUAGGGAAAAGCUGUGCCUUACUGAUAAAAUGAAUUUGCUUGUACAUAAAUUUGGAAUUAUAUUUAGUUUAUAAUUGUAAGAUAGAGUUUCAUUACAAAAUUGCUGUGUGAAGCACUAGACUUUAAGCAGUUUAGAAUAUAUUUUAGAACAACUGAUGAAUUAUUGAGCAGAAAACCACCUAAUUGUACUUUGCUACAUUUUUUUUUUUUUAACUGUAAUAGUGUGUUUAUUUAACUUUAGUUUGCCAAGAGACUUACAAAUGGUUUUAUUAAGAUUAGUAUGUUUCUGUUUGCCUUCACAGUGUAUUAUGUGGCUUUUCCAUACCUUGGUGGUCUAAAGUAAGAAAAAAAAAACAAAUCUAGACUAUUACAGCAAACUGUGUCAGAUAAUAUUUUUAGUUGUUUUCUUCACUGUAAGGAUCUGUAAUUAUUUUUGACACUGAGACUUUUCAGGAUCUGGCUAAUUCCUGAGAAUAGUGUGCAGGUUUUUAAUUAAUGAAGAUAUAGCCAUCGUUAUAAAAUGUAAACUUGACUUUCUGUGGCAUGCACAUGCUGUAUUAGUAAUGUUAUCUGUGUUUUUCCAUAAAUAUUAAUGAGAAUUUCGGUGGAAGUUGUGUGCUGAAAAAUAAUAGAGUGGCAUUUACUGUUCCAAGACUUAUGUAAUGAGAUUUUACCCUGAUGUUUCUGGUCUUUCAUCUCUAUAUUUGGGGAACAUGAAAGCACUAACUUCGACCUGCAGGUCAGCAAGUUAAGAAAUCCAGCUUAUAUGUGUAAACCUCUGUUUGUUGUCAUUAUGGAAGAUAAAGGUCUCUGAGCACUUGAUUGCAUUUCAUGGUGAUACAAGGCUGAGCUUUGCGUAAUUUUUUUGUCAUCUGAAAGAAUAAAGUGUUCCAAGGUCGGUCUGUCUCUGCUUAAUUCAAUGUCUGGAGAGCAGUUAAACUGGAACCAAUAUGACUGCAAGGGUACGUGUUUCUCUUAGAGACCCAUGCUUACUCCAUUUGAUUUUGGUGUACGUGGAGGUCAAGGUCUGGGACAUCUCAGGGGAAAAAUAAGUGAAUAGUAUUUGUUAAUUGUUAGAUUGUCUUUGUAACACUGACCAAAUAAAAGUAUGUGUAAGCACAA